AUGUUGCUCUUUAAACCUAAAUAUUCUGCUUUUUUUAGUGAGAUUAUAACCAAAAAAUAAUUCAAAAAAUGCUGCAGAUAUAAUUAAGAUGGAAAGCCACUUACACCUAUUCAAGUUAAGGCAUUAUAUGAAACUAUGAAACCUAUGAUUGAAGGGUGGAAGGUAACUGAUUUGAGAUUGUUUAGAUAUUUCUAUACUGAAGACUACUUGUCUGGAAUACAAUUUAUUAAGGAUGUUUCAAAGAUUGACGCUCUUUCCACUAAGAAUUGUCCAGGUGUACAUUUGGUAGGAGGAGAGCUACUUACUUUAGAAUUAUUCUCUCCGUCUUUGAAUGGACUUUCUCAAGUGGAUUUCGAUUUGGCGAUGAGAAUCAAUCAAAUGGAUUUUAAUGAAUAUUUCUUAAUUCCAUUAGAAAGUCUGGAUAAUUACAAAAAGGAAGUGCAAGCCCAUAAAUUGAAGAAAUAAGCAGAACAAAUAUAACAAGAGCUUGCAUAAACUUAAAAGUGAAUAUAUUUUAUGUGAUUAUUAUAAUUGAUAUAAUGAAUGUC